AUGGUGGGGGUAGGAGACGUUGAGGCAGGGGAGGCCUGGCCCCAGCCCUGCCGCCACCUCGGGCCUGGGCCGAGAUCUGGGGGGUCACACUGGAUCCUCUGCCCCCCACCAGGCGGUGAGCACACUCGCUGUAAGACGGUGCUGACGGCCAAGGUCGGGGGGCUUCUCGCCUUCGCCACACGCAGGAGCAGCUGCAUUGGUUGUCGGGCUGUCCUCAGCCACCAUGGAGCUGUGUGCAAAUUCUGCCUUCCCCGGGAGUCUGAGCUGUACCAGAAAGAGGUGGCGCACCUGGGCGCCCUUGAGGAGCGGUUCUCCCGCCUCUGGACGCAAUGCCAGCGCUGCCAGGGCAGUCUGCAUGAGGACGUGCUCUGUACCAGCCGAGAUUGUCCCAUCUUCUACAUGCGGAAGAAGGUACAGAAGGAUCUGGACGACCAGGAGCAGCUCCUGGCUCGAUUCGGGCCCCCGGGCCCGGCCACCUGGUGACAGAGGACGCGGCUGUGGACGUUGGCAUCAAUAAAGCUGUGGGGCUUUGGGUUC